AUGGCCAUCGGUAUAAAUCAGUAUGUGUGCAACAAUCAAAUACUUGUAGCUCCCAUAGAAGGAAAAGCAAAACAUGAUUCGAACACAGAGGCAUACGGUUCAGAUGAUUACAUGGACAGUCAUUCAUCGAAACAUGAAGAAAUGGAUGUCACAGUGAAUGCAGCUGUCAUAGAUGAUGAUGAAAGUGGUAAUGAAGCAGGAAGUUCGGGAGAAGAUAUGGCAGAGCUUGACUACGAGAGUGAUUGUGAGCACACGUCAUUUCUAGAAUUUUCUUCACCGUUUGAUUUUGCUUUUGCACUUUUUCUUCAAAUAUUAUCACUUUGGGGCGAGAAGGAGGGGAGGGGAGUACUUUGACA